AUGUACAAAAGAUUUUUGUCAGACUUAGAUGUAGAUAUUCCGAGAUCCACAAAACGAUACCGAAAUGCCCACAAUGAAGCACGAGCACAGCGUGCGCCAGAUCAAAAUGACGUCAGUGAAGAACAAAGAUGCCUCAAGCAUGCUGACGGGGGCACAAACUCCCUAAAUGAGAAUGCAGGUGAAGAUGUAAUGGCUGAUCACAUGUCUAGUGGGUCAUCAGAUGACAGAGGGCAGGAUCCACUGCAUGAAAUGCAUGUUGAGGGAGGCACAGACACUUCAGAUGAGAGUGCAGACGAAGAUGUAAUGGGUGAUAAUCAACUGGGGAGACCAGCAGACCACACAGGAAUAGAACAACACCAUGAAUCGAUUGCUGUGAGGGACAAUAACACUGUUUUCUACGAUAAUGAGAAUACAGACUCAUCUGAUGAUGAAGCCUCAGAUGAAGAUCCAGUGGCUGAUCACAUGUCUAGUGGGUCAUCAGAUGACAGAGGGCAGGAUCCACUGCAUGAAAUGCAUGUUGAGGGAGGCACAGACACUUCAGAUGAGAGUGCAGACGAAGAUGUAAUGCACGAAGAACAGACUAACCCAGUUUCAUCUGACGACGAUACUUCAGAAGGUCCAACGGAGCAUGUUUUUGACCCUAACUUCAAUGAUGAAAAGAAAAUUUACGCUGGUUCUUCCGUUACAAUGGGGGCUCUCCUUCUUCUUCUCUUGGCAUUCAUCCUGAAGCAUGGCCUGUCAAAAGCAGCGAUCAAAGACCUCCUGGAGCUCCUAAAUUGUGUGGUGCCUGGAUGUGUGCCAAAGUCUGUUUGGUUUUUAAAGAAACACUUUUUUGAUUUCAAGGACAAGACAGAGCUUCAUUUUUACUGUCCUAGAUGUUCAGACUACCUUGGUGUUGAACCCGGUAAUGAGUGUGGAGUGUGCCAGCAGACCUUCAACAAAAAAGCUCUAAUUGAGAAGGCAUACUAUUUCCUUGUCAUGCCACUCAAGGUUCAGCUAAGAAAUAUCCUGGCCCAUGUACAAUCAAAGCUACGGAAACAUUUCACAAGAGAUGGCUGUGUUUCUGAUAUCAACACUGGAACGGAAUACAGACGCGAGACACAGGGAGUACACACUGACAGUAUUACGCUAACCUUCAACUGUGAUGGUUCCCCUGUGUUCAACUCAUCAAAGACUUCAAUUUGGCCCAUUCUGUGUACUAUCAAUGAACUUCCAUUUGUGGAUCGAUGUAAAAACGUCAUAUUGCAUACGUUAUGGUUCGGCAAAGGAAAACCCCCGGUUCACAGUUUCUUCACCCCAUUCAUCCGUGAACUUCAAAAACUAAGGGACACAGGAUUCUGUUGGAAAGAUGAAACUGGGUCAGAACAUCACACCAAAGUAACAGCUAAAAUAUGUAUAUGUGAUGCAGUUGCAAGGGCAAUGGUGCAGAACUUUAAACAGUUCAAUGGAGAAUUUGGAUGUGGUUUUUGCUACCACAAAGGGGAGAUGGUACAAAAAGGCAGAGGUUUCACUAGAGUUUAUCCUGUACACAUAGUUGGGUGCGACCUGAGACAUAUGGCUGAAACAGUGCAACUUGCUGAGUUAGCGAUGGAAAAUGGUAAUGACCAAUCUCAAAGGGUGUUAAAGGUCCAAGUCCACUGA